UAAAGCAAUAGCCUUUAAAUGUAAUAAUAAAGUUAAUGUCAACUAACGUCAUUGACUGCAGUUCAGUUGUAUGUUUUUGUUUUAACUUCAGUCUCUGUAAUUAACCACCUGACGUAUUUUCAAACUAAAAUAAAAAAAAGAUACAACAAUAUGUAGCUUUUUUAUACACACAUACCAAGAAGACGUACGGUGCAAUUAAAACUUGAUGUUGAAAGACCAAAAUCCAGGAAGUUAUAGUUCCACAGAGGCUUUUGUAAAUUCAAAAUGUAUUGCAUUAGUACCGUCUAAUAUUGUAUACAGUAUGUUACUAAUCCAGGAAAUUCACUUUAUCAUUGAAUGAGGAUUGAAUUAUCUUAAACGUGCCUGUGUUCCAUAUGAACUACAGAUCAUAUUUGGUGAGUGCAUUAAUGAAAAACAAGUUUCUUUAAAUCGACGAAAGACGUUUUGCGCUCGGUGCUCUCAAGCAUGACAUAGUUGUCGUCCGAUCCGUUAAAAAUAAAACUGGUUAAAGAUUUGCUUAAAUGUUUUGACCAGGUGUUAACAGUUUCGUACAUGCAUCUAAAGAUAUAUUUCAGUUUUCAUUUAUCUGAAACUUGAAGAUAUAAAUGAAUUUCGCAAAUUUUUGAAACAGCGCUCUGAUAUGAAGAACCACGAAACUAUAUAAGAUACAAGAGAAAUCUACUCGCAUGCCAUCACCCAACACCUUAGAAGAACAAUCCAGUUACGUAACUGUUGAAGAUAGUCGAGCAAAAUGGACAACUCGUAUUUAGAAUAUUACCCACUUAGCUACGCUAAGUUACAAUGGCAACGAGAUCCAGGAGCGGGUAGAUCAAACUGUCACUACAGAGUAGGCCCAAUAACAGAAAACGCUAGAAAUGGCUAUUUAAAAUAGUAUUUAAUACACAUGCAUCGUCUAAGUAAUGAACGAAAAUGGAAACAUCAACAAAUAUACAGUCCUUAUAGGUUGUUUUUUCAUUUAAACAGCACAUACCCUAUAGGAAAACGUGUGGCCCGAAACAGCCUUUGCAUGUAGUAUAAGCUACUGUAAGCUGUGUUGCGGUUAAAGCAUGGAUCUUUAUCAGUUGCAUUGAUUGGCCUAUGCCACUAUCGCCCCUUCGAAAAGGUCUCAAAGCCUUAUCAGUUUGUUUUUGCUUUUGAGGACAUUUCCGCCAUGUACAUCGUAAGAACAGUGAUGAGAACUAACAGAGAAUUGAUUGUCGGUACAUUUCUUCUGGUGUUAACUUCUUAUUAUGCUACUUACAAGCCGUUUUCUCUAUUUUAUCGGACCUUCAACAGCCAUGAGGCACUAACCAACAGAGUAAAAAAAGACAACGACAGGAGGGUUCAGUUGGCAAAGGGAUAUUUCAGCACAACAAGGACAGGCCAAUUUAAUAAUACACUUUUUCAGAAUUCAAUGGAUUUACUCGUGAUUAUUGUAACAAUGUCUCGGAAACGAGACGUUAAUUAUCUCAUUCAGACCACGGCUUCUAUGGACCAUGCCUUACACGAGAAUUCACUGUUUGGACUCACCGGGUUAUUAUUGUGCAACGUUGAACGAAAUCCAAAUGAGCACAGUGAAGCUUUAAAACUUGCACAUAAAUUUUUAUACGUUGAUAAUAAAAAAUCCAACUACCUGAAAUCCAUACCGCAGAUACCAGUUCUUCUUGACAGCGGAUUGAAAGACGAAGCGCGCAAACAGGAAAUCGUUGACUAUGCAUUUUGCUUGAAUGCCUCUCUCAAUUUACCAUACAAACACGUUCUUGUAUUGGAAGAUGCAGGGCUCGAAUUAAGCACUCGCAAACAGGCCAUUUGCGAGUACAUUUUAAAAAACACGUCUAAAAUGCGAGUGCAACAUUUAGAUACUCGCCAUUUUUUGCGAGUUGGGGAAAAAACAAACAAGGUGCUUAAAGAUCUUGGAUUAAAUACAAGAUUUGUUCGCCGAUCGAAAGUCUUCCGACCAAGUACGAAAAUAAUUAAACCCCGUCUAACAAAAAAGCCGAGGCCGAACCAGAUAAAAAGAAAUGCCAAAACAGUUAAGAAAUGGGAAGACGAGCUAAAAAUAACUUUGAACACGGAGAGAGACCAAGACGGCAAUGUGUAUGACGUCUUACCAGUUGCAGGGACAAUGAAUUCCAUUUUUUACCACUCGCAACGGCCACUGGGUUUGAGGGACUCGUUUGAUGAACAGCGCUCUUUGAUUCGAAACUAUUCGUUCAUUAAACUAUACUACCCAGAGAGGUGGCAAGGUUUUGCGUUUGAAUUUGAUAGGAUUAUUGAAUUGUUUGCGUUGGGUGCGAUUACUGGUGGAGUUGCUACAGUUUUAAGAGUUGUGUUAUGUAUUUGUUUAAAAGAAAGAAUGCAAAUAACAAUAUCCGAUUUUGUAAAAUGGUUUGCACUAGGAAUUUGCAUUGCAAAAAUAAUUGGACGUGUAAACCUAAUUGAAUUUCGUCGGGUUUCCGUUCACUUACAGACAUUGGUGCGCAGUUCUGCUUGCUGUACACAAGCCAUGCUGUACCCAAAACGGGUAUUGCCCAAACUAAUGCGGCACUUGCUUAUAGAUAAUAGUUUAAACAAAGACUUGGCUAUAUACAAUUUUUCAGAAGCUGCAGGUGAUCCUGGUUACCAACUAGAACCGAAUAUGUUUCAUCAUAUUGGAAUGUUAACCUCGCUAAAAGGGAGCUCGGACAAACAUCCCGAAGAAUUUGAUUUUGGACAAUGUGAACAUCUGUUCGUGUGAGAAUAUAAACACCUAUGUAUAGUAACACGCAUUUCAUUACGAUGGGAGGAAUAUAUUUCUUGAUAAAUUAUGUACCUAAUAUUUGUUAAUUUAUAUUUACACAUGUACUAGCUAAGAAUAAAAGGGGAAGAACGUUG